GAAAGCCGAAGUCAACCGCUCUCUCAUAAGCGAUCCUAAAGACGAUUUUCUGGUGACAAAUUAAAGACUCGAUCUAGGACCACCGGCCUUCUGUCGGUGGUUCCAUUUUCCUCUUUUAUUUAGUUGUUUUUUUUUCAUUUUAUUGGUUUUCUGGUUUUUGUUCUUCACCCACAUUUCAAUGGCUUUGUGUCCAUUUGUGUUGUCGAGAGUGAAACUUUUCACUCUACACCAAAUCCUCCUUUCAUUAUUUUUGAAUCAUGGGAAGUUUAACCGGUUAGUAUCUCCGAUAGCGGCAUCUACACUGGUAUGUCUCCUCUGGUCAUCGAUUAUGGUCUACGUCGAUAUUGGCGUUGUUGUUGUCUCCCUUUGGGAAUGUUCUUGUCCGACCUUUGGGUGCGGUUUUCUUAUUACUCUCGAGUUAUCGAUUGAGAAUCAUUGGCUUAAAUUGGUAGUCUGGUAUUGGAAACCGCCAUGGCCAAAUGAGGAAAAGUGUAGGAAAUGCAUCAGAGAGACAUCAAAUAGACGUUUGGGUCAAUCAUCUAAUAUACGUGUCGUCUCUUCAUGUGAUGGGGUGAUUGUCAUGAUAAUGUUUACAAUUUAUCACCGAGCGGGAGUUACUCGGAGAUCUAUGGUGGUCAUCAACAAGUCAAUAUCAAAAGAAACAAGGAGGAUGCUUCGACAACAAAACAACUUAAAGAUAUGGCUUUAUCGAUUUCAAAACAAAAGAAUCUCAAUGCCAUGGAUUAUUACAACAAAACAUGUUAUCUCCUGCAGUGGGAGUGUUUGGGACGGAUUGCGAUGUAACAGAUGGAUCGCAUCCAAUGAUCUUUUUAUAGAAAAAAGGCAUUUAUUCAUAAGAAUUGAAAGCCAUAAAAAAGAUCUUGAAAGACCAAAGACGAAGUGGAGGAAAGCUAGCGAAUCAGCCUAUCCUACGAAUGCGUUAGGAAGCAUCGUGUUAUUGCUGUCUCUGUUAAAAGUUCAUUUGAACAACAUGUUUGAUGUUAUUUUUGAUUCAUGUAAUAUGUUACAUUGAUUUUGAUAUCAAUAAAGUUAAGAUGUUAA